AUCAAAUAAAACGAGCAUGGAUGUGGCCGGUAGUGAUCCCGACAUACCCAACGAUGUGCAAUGCUUUCUGCUGACGAACAAAAUGUCUUGCGUACGCUGGGUACCGAACCAAACGGAGGACGAACAUUUCUUCGUUACGGGCAGCUGGGGCGAUCGGAUAAACACGGUCAACCUGUGGAACCUGAUGCACGACGAGCUAACGGAUGGGGAGAGCAGUGUACCGCUCGUACCGAAAAGUACGGCCAAAUUCUGUGUGACAAGCGAUAUUGUAGGGUUAGGAUUUAUUGAUGAUAAAAAUUUGGCCUCCGUCACUUCGGAAGGUACACUCAGUGUGCUGGAUCUUAACAGAGAAUCGGCCCUAUCGUACGAUUUCACGCACAAGUUCAACAUGCACGAUCUGCACACGGUCGAUGGGAAACGAUCGAUCUGUUCGGCCAUGAGCGUAUCGGAGUUCGACCAGUACAUCGUGACGGGUGGUGAGGAUGGCAAUUUGCACAUCAUCUCCGGUAAUGCGGGCAAAGUUAUUAGCACCAUACGCCAUCCGGACAAUGCAAGCGUCCAGUGCGUAUCGUUCAUCUACCCGAACGUGGUGGUGGCCGGUCGGCAUUGCGGUGUGCUCGAUUAUUACGAUUCGCGCGAAAACGGUGACCGGCCGGCGUGCAGCUUGGAGACGUGUCACGAGGACGAUCGGGAAAAGACUAUACCAAUGUGCAUCAACUAUUUGCCAAAGUAUAAGUCGCUGGUGUUGGUCGGUCUGGAGAACGGUUCCAUACUCGAUUGGGACAUUCGCAAACCGUACCAAGCGUCGCGUGAGUUUAGCGAUCAUGGUGACCCGGUUACUGAUCUACAGUUCGCCAAGGAACAGGACACGAUGUUCAGUGCCGAUGCGGGUGGUUUGAUUACUGAGUGGACACUACGCAAUCCGUCCGCGUACGGGGCCUACUUCGUGGAAAGUCGCCAGCCGCGAAUGAAAGACUUUAAGCCGAUUAACUCGAUCGAUACGAACGUGCGGCAGGCAAUCUGCUGUGGUGAUGCUGAAAUGGUUUUCGUAAUGGAUCUUUGUUAG